AUGAAGACAUCCAAGAUCAUCAAUAUGUUCAUCACGAGUUCUUCAUUCUUCCUCUUCUUCUCCGUUUUCCUCCUUCUCAUGCUUAUUCGCACGAGUAAAAGUCAACUAAUUCCAAAAUUUCCAUUUCCAUCCCCUCCUUUAGCCCCUCGCCCACUUUGUCUCCAACAAAUUACGUUAGCAAACCACGCUUGCGGUUUGCUUCCAUACUUCACACUUCCACCACCAUCUCCUCCACCUCCCGCACCACAUCCUCCCCAUUCGAAUACACCACCUCAUCACCAUGACCCCCGUCACCACCAUCAUCACCACCACCACCAUCGUAGCCACCAUGACGGGGAUCACACGAGGCCUAGUCGUCAUCGCAAGCACAGACACAGACGUCACCACGAGGAAAGUCUAAUAGAAGAGGAAUGUUGUCGGUGGCUCAAGGAACUCGACAGUGAAUGCGUGUGUAGUCUUUUGUUUCGGUUGCCUAAGUUUAUGGUUAGACCGUUACACCAGUUCACUGCUACCGUCGAAGAUAUUUGCAACGUUACUUAUCAUUGCCCGAGUUUAUGGUUGGGUAAAUAA